CCUAUUCUUUGGAUCCCUUCCAGUGUUUGGUUUGGCCUCAUGGAUGGUAGGCUGGAGGGCUUGAGGCGUGCCCAAAAAACAUUGAAAUUGGAAAACCCCCUCAACUAUGGCAACAAAACCAGCAUCUUGUGUCAUCUCCUUCGCUGCUUAAGUUCCACACCUAUUGUGAUGGACCUUCAUCUACGAGAGUCUCUCCGAUGUCUGGAUGUUGAAAGAAUUUGUGACCGAGAUGGCAUGCUCUUUCUCUAUGACAUGGAUGAAAAGAUUGUCUCUGAGGACAGUGCUGAUGUCCGAAAAAUCAUGGGUGCCAAUGCCAAAAGCCAUUGCAAGACAUGGACCCUGCCAGAUCCCACAACCAGUUCCAACAACUGGCCUAUUGGUCCACAACCCAGCUGGAAGGAUGUAGUGAAGACGAUUGAAGAUCAUCCUCAACUUCUAAUGAGGCAUUGGGUUUAUGACCCCAUCUGGGAUCCAGGAGAUUUGGAUGUUGGCCUACUUUUUAUCCAAUUUACACGGGAGUUUUGGUUGCAGCUAGCUGUGGCUCACACCACCAAUAACUUUGCAGAUGCUGCCAUAAUCAAUCCCAGGAUCUGCAAUGAUCUGGAAGAAGCCAUGACCUGCUGGUCCUUGGAUCGUAUAAAUCAGUGGAUAAUCUCCAUCCAAUUCCAGGCCUGCAGUGCUGGACUGGAGGGAGACAAACCUGGCCGCCCUCAUCUCUCAUUUGUCCAGAGACGUACCACAUUCUUCCCCAGUGAAGACUCUGCACCAUUGCAGUCAUCAAAGUGGAAAACUUAUUGGACAGAGGGGUACAUUGCACGAUAUCAUGAGCUGUGCUCUGGAUUACCUGAAGCACGAUUGCUACAUCUACAUGAUCGCCUGGACAUACUAUUUGCCAACCUUCAAUGUCUACCGGAUGUCAACAAACCCACCGCGAAAAGUCCUGGCUCUACUUGGACACUAGCUUCUGGUCAUGACAGUAUCAAGAUAGUGACCAACUCAUGUUUCUAUCACAUACAAAGAAUUGGAGCAUGCAAGCGCACUGCUAAGAGGCUUGCUGUCCUCAAAAGACCACUAGACUUUUGA